GGCAGUGCUGGCACAGGGUGGAAGCCAUGGCUUGCAGCCCCAACUUCUCCUGGCUCCUGGUCUGCUGGUUGGCGGUCACUGUGGCAGAAGGACAAGAGGUUGCCAUCCCUCCCGCAGUGGCCCCUACAGACUGUCAGAUCUUCACUCUUACCCCCUCGCCCACCACGAGGGCCCCAGCCACCAGGGUGCAGCUCAUCACUAGGACACCCAGGUGUCCCUUCCACAACUUUCCCGGAAGAAGGCCCGGAGUCCACCUUGGGUUUCCAAACAGACCUUUCUUCCCUCCCAAGUGCAACCACCGUUUUGUAUUCCAGCCAUUUUACGGGCCGCACGGUCGCCUUCCUCCUAACAAUUUCCCCAGGACAAGACUUUAUAGCGAUAGCUCAUCUGAAGAAAGCAGAGAGGAGAGGGAAGCCAGUGCCUCAGACUAGGUGAGAAGAUCGCCACUCUUUCCUGACAAGAAGGAGUAGAUUUGAAGACUAAGUUUCCUAGACACCGCUGGUCAGAAAUUGUUCUCUUGGUCAG